AUUCAUUCUAUUGAUAACACACUAUGUAAAUUAUUCUUCUCCUAUCACAACUCCUGAUUACAUUUGCUACUAAAUUUAAUGAAUUCAACCAUACCUUAACACUCAAAGACAUAAAGAGAAACAUCUCAUUCCAAUCGUAAUACAUUUUUAACUUUUAGAUAGUAAUACUUGGGCAUGGAUAUACUUCCGAACGAACCUGAGAAUUUAUAACAACUAUAACCCUUAACUUAUUAGGAGACGAGAGCAAUGUUUUAUUUCAAGCAAGCCUUCAAUAAUUCGUUUAUUGGUCUGAAGAAUAACGAUUCUAUAAUUUAUGCUCUACACAAAAAUUGCACAUUAGUGUUUAUUUCUCCAGAGAACUAUUCUCACUCUCAAGAGUUUAAACCUAAUUGUCUCUAAUUAUUAAUUGACCAAGAUCAGAGUCAUCUUGCCAUUAUUUACCCAGACUCUAUAAUUCUAUACAACACGGAAACAGAUUAGGUCGAAACUUUGGAGUACAACUAUAGCGAUACAGUUACUGAUAUCAGACUCAUACAGAAGUACAUCCUGAUAUCUAAGGGUUUACAAGGUGUGGAUAUGUUGACCUUUCAGGGAGAACUUAUCCUAAAUAAUUUUAUGGCCAAUAGAAAUAUUUUGCAAUCAUCCAUUCAUGCCAACAGAUUAUUAUUACUAUUUGAUGGAGGCUUGCUCAUUUUUAACUUUAAAUUAAGUCCUCGAUUAAUUAAUGAAAUUUAAAUAGGUGACUGUGUAAGUUUUGAACAUAACAAUAAACUUUUCAUUAUUUAAACUAAAACUAAAAUUUUGGAAUAUUUUUGGAAAAAUCUUAUAGUCAAUCAAGAAAUUAACACUUAAUUUGAGGUCACUAGCAUUUCACUCCAUUAGGAAUACCUAUAAUUUAUAUCCAAUGGACUUCUUUAUCAGAAGCUAAUUGGCAUUGUUAAGGACGAUUUCAAUCUCAAUAAAAUCCAUACAGCAACAUACGAAACCAACUCUACUCGCAUUGUAGGGUAUUAUAAUAAGAAUUAAUUGAUUUUGUAGAAUGAUUAAUAAUUCGAGAUAGUAUUUUGGCAUUUCCGGCCGGCCUUUUUAAUUUUUUAACCUCAAAAUACAGGAUUGUUGACCUGUCUAGUCGAUCUGUAUUAGAAGGAUACCAGAAACUAUAAUUCAACUGUAGAAAUUGCUCACUAUAAAAUCUUUAUUGAAGUUGUAGAGGAAGAGGUGACAACUUUCGAAAUCAUUAUAGUCAUAGUAGCUAUAUUUGCUUCAAUAAUACUAAUUUAUAUUAUCAGGAGAACUGCGUUAAAGUGCAAACAAAAUAGAAAAAAAAACCCCGAACAAGAGUCAGUUAUUAGCGCUAAAGAAGAAUUUAAUUAGGUUUCUGAAAGUUAGCCUCAAGAGGAAAUUUAAGUUUUGAACACCAAAUGAGAUUAUUUUUAUCAAUCUGUUAUUAC